AUGGAUCUUUCAGAGUUCGACCGCUUCCUAUCUCCCGAGGGAGAAAUCCUGCUCCACCCUGAGGAGCUCGUUGAUGCUCUUCUUUCUUUGUUUCUGAGCAACGCCAAUCUCAACAUCACAGUCAAAGUGGAGUCCCUUCAGUUCCCGGGGCGUUUCCAUCAUCUCACUUUCAAGCGACUCUAUCAGUCUUCCGAGUCUCCUCCGCUAGAAAUGACCAUGUCGCAGCGUCUGGGGGAGCAGCGAGACGAAAUGAUGGAUUCUAUCGAGGCAGAAUGGGAUCAUCUGAGUGACUUGGACUCAGACACGGAGGUGUUCUAUCCAGAUGCUUUUGAAAUCGUUCGUCGUAAUCCGUUCGUUAUCACUGAGGGAUUUCCAACAACAACCGAGGGAGCGUCCUUUGAUGAAUUUUGA